AUGGCUCGUAAAGGACAAGUCUCUAUUCAGGAAUCAGUGGAAAACGACGAAGAGUUCGAGAAUUUCAUCCGGGCACAUUACGAUCAGCUCAUUUGCAUGGAAGUAUACUCUGAGUUCUGUGGGUUCUGUCUGGCCACGGGCAACGCUAUUAGGAAGGGGAAACUGGAAAUCGGACAAGAUCGAAUCGCGAUGGUCAAAGCCUUAGCCGAUAACAUCACUGCUUUAUCAAGAUUUAAAGAUAAAAGUGAACCCGUAUUUCUAUUCAUAUUUAAAGGUAAAUUAACAAGAGCAAUGUUUGGCGCCAACGGAAUAGAGCUGUGCCGUAUCAUAGAGGAAGAGAUGGGGCUCAUGCAGCGGGAAAUAGACACGGGAAUCGUGAGGAAGAAGCAAGAGAUCACGGAAUUAUUACCCGAGGAAUCUGCAAAGAUCCAAGAGGAUCUGAGAUUGGAAGAAGAGUACAAAGAGGCCACAGAAAGACUACGUGUCUUAACUCUAGCGGCACGCAAGAAGCGUGUUGCGGAACGCAUGGCGAGGCAUGUGAAGAGGUUCAAUUUCAUCCUAUUUUGGCCGCACUGCCAUCAAGCACAUUAUGAUCUAUACGAAAAAUGGGAUAUGAUAAAUAUUCAGGUUGCAGCUAAAGAGACGUUUAAAUUGACCGAAGCAGGCGUUAAGGAAGCCUUGUACAUGAGUGACGUGGACCCGAACGAGGCGUGUCUCCACGCGCUCAUGAACGGGGAGGCUAUGGUGGUGCUCUUCAAGAUGUUCGAUACGGACAACAGGGAUUUUGUUAAACUUUUGCGUUACGCUCUAUACGAAGAGAUUCCUGAGCCGAAGGAGGACGUACCUCCGGAGAAACAAAUUCCACCAAUACCAGCCUUCGAAAGAUACGCGACCAUCAGUAAAACAGCGCGAGAAGUGCGUCGGGACAGAUACGAAGCUAAGAUGCAGAAAUUGCGUGAAGAAAAAGCAGACAGGGAUAGAUUGGCAGCAGAACAGGCUCGCUUAGCAAAAGAGGCAGAAGAGGAGAGACAGAGGAUCGAGAAGCAACGACAGGACGAAGAGAGAAUGGCAAGAAUACAAGCUGGGUUGCCAGCUGAUCCUGAGCCGGAAGAAGGCGAGGAAACAGAAGGAGAAGAGAAAGCAGAAACUGUAACUACUGAAGAAGUUCAGCCCGAAGAGAAAGUCGAAGAAGAGGAAGAAUUCCAUUCUGAUGUAUCCUUUGAAGGAGAGGAGUACAUACCUCCGGGAGGCAUGCUGGUGCCAGGGCUGUAUGCGCCACCUAACGAGAUGGCGAAAGCAAAUGGAAUAGCGUACUUCUACCCCAAGGUCGUUCAAGAAGUGACGGAAAUUGAAUCCGAACAUCUUCCCCCGCACGUACUGGUCAUGUUCAGCGUGGACAAGAGACAAGACGUGCAGGACGUCAUGAAUCAGUACGCGGACGAGAUACUCGCUACGGGCGUCUUCGUCGGCGAUGAUCCAUUCACGGCAGAGCACAUCGCAUAUACAAUCAAACAAUACGACAAAAUGGAGCGACUCAGGAGACAUAAAGAUAGACUGGCACUGAUGGUCUCGCGCAAACGCAGUCUCCCGCUGCUCCAGCUUGCGGGUUUGAAUCCGUGCUACAUCAGCGCUGACGCCGAGUCUGGUGAAAGGGACUGUCUCGCUCUCUUCCCGGUUGGAUACGGAGAUGACUACGUGGAAGUCCAGAGUAUCAAAGAAGAGUCGGUUGCGGAGGCUGAACUGGAACUACAACCAACCGAAGCGGAGGUCGAAGUCGUAGAACAGCAAAAAGAAGCAGAUGAAGACGCUGAUGAUGAAGACGAUUGAAUAACGCUAUCUUAAGUUCGCUUUAAUAACCUAAA